GCAUCGACGCGGACAAGCGGAAUGGGAUGGGAGAGCCAAGCCACCUUCCUCCACGUCUUGAGUUGAACUGCAGCCCGAAAGGGGCGGCUAGGUGCGGGCACGAGGUAUUGGCGAAGGACGAGGUGUCAGUGUGUGGAAUGUGGCAGUGCUCCGGGGCUGGUCUCAGUGCUGCAGAUGACUCUGCUAAGAUCAAGUUCAUUUUCGAGUAGAGUUGCCAGUAUCGCUUCUUGACAUUGAGGCACAAAGAUAAAAGAUCAAGGCAUGAGUGCAGGACACCGUCAAGAGUGAAACGGAAGGAAUGAAGCAACCAUUGAGUCCUGAACAUAUUGCUGAAGAUGUUAUGAUGAAUUCAGGAGACCUUUAUACUUACAGUGAUGGGAAAAUACUGACCAGUGAAUACCUGGGCUAUCAGUUGAAUAUUGAGAAACAGAAGAUAGGACUCGCACUGUGUGAAGUGUGUAACAUUCAGCUGAACUCGGCAGCACAGGCUGAGGUCCAUUAUAAUGGGAGGUCUCACUUGAAGAGGAUGAAACAAGUCAACAGUCACAUUCCAGCUACUUCAGCUCCAAGUACGUUUGUUACUGGCACCAAUACAGGAAGUACAUGCCAUGCUAGCACACUUCCUGCAUUUGUGCGGACACCUACCCUGAUGAUGCAGCCAUCACUUGAUAUCAAAUCAUUUAUGCCUUUUCCAGUGGAUACUGGCUCAGCUGUUGGACUUUUCCCAAAUUUUAACACAAUGGAUCCUGUGCAGAAAGCAGUCAUCAACCACACAUUUGGAGUUUCAGUUCCUCCUAAAAAGAAGCAAAUUAUUUCAUGUAAUGUCUGCCAGCUCCGAUUUAAUUCAGAGAGCCAAGCCGAGGCGCACUACAAAGGCAGUAAACAUGCCAAGAAGCUCAAAGCACUGGAGGCCACGAAAAAUAAGCAGAAAACUGCUUCUACCAAGGACAGCACAAAGGCCAUCACCACCUCCACCACAACCACUGCAAUCACUCCCAACAGCUCUGAGAAAACAGAUGCAGUCAGACUGGCAUUCAACAGUGUAACUGUGAAUAAUCUACUGAUACAUACGAGUGUAGGCACUGAACAGCCUAAAUCCACUUCCGUUAUAGGAGAAACUGCAAAUAUGAAUGCCCAUGCAACAAAAACAGUGAUAUCUCUGGCAGCAGUAAGUGUGGAUGGCACUGCAACCACUGCCACUGAGUCAGAGGAAGAAAAAGCGAAAAAGCUUCUCUACUGUUCACUAUGCAAAGUAGCUGUAAAUUCGUUGUCACAGCUGGAAGCACACAAUACAGGCUCCAAGCACAAAACAAUGGUUGAAGCUCGGAUUGGAGCCGGUCCUAUUAAAUCAUAUCCCAGACCUGGAUCAAAAACUAAACUUCCAAAUGGUACAAAAGGUUCAGGAUUACAAAACAAGACUUUUCAUUGUGAAAUCUGUGAUGUUCACGUCAACUCAGAAAUUCAACUUAAACAGCACAUUUCCAGCAGGAGGCAUAAGGACAGAGUUGCAGGGAAACCAUUGAAACCUAAGUAUAGCCCCUAUAGCAAACUGCAACGCAACUCAACUAUUUUGGCAGCUAAGAUAGCAUUUCAAAAGGAUUUAAUAAAACCAUUGGCGCCUGGUUUUCUUUCAAAUCCUUUUGCAGCUGCAACUAUGACCUCUCCACUUUCCCUCCACCCACGUCCUGCUACCUCGCUGUUCCAGACUACCGCAUUAACACCUGCCCUUUUGAGGCCAGCACCUGGACUUCGUGCAUCUCCUGGGUCAAUUCUCUUUGCGCCUUAUUGAUUCUUUUCUAUCGUGGGACAACAAGAGGCCAGCAAGAUAGGAAAACAAACAAUUUUUUUUUCUUCCUUGUAUUUGUCCAUGCUGUGAAGUAUACAGAUUGACUCCAGGUCAUAGGAUCUCCAUGAACAGUUUGUGAUCUCAGUGCUGGUGUGAUGCGAUUUUAAUUAAUUUACCAACACUGGGUUGUGAUUUGCAAGGGGACUUUGAUGGAGUUAGCCCUUACAAUCUUGUAACUGUUUUUAUUUGGAUUGAGUCUGUCCACAGAUGGAAUCCAUCUACAGACAAAGAAUAAAUAAUUGAUUUCUGUUGCUGCAGACUUAACAUCAAGCGUCUUCCUAAUAAAUAGAGGUGUAAAAAAACUAUUAUUGAUAUAAAUGAACAUCUGGUACAUAAUGUAAUGCAUUAUGUGGUAAAUUGUGAAUUCCUUAUGAACUGCGUCUGUAGUUUAAAACAACGUUGUGAUGUCAGGGAUUGUGAAAUGCUGUUACAGACCUGAAGACAACACUGUUGUAACUUGUAUAGUGAUAGAACUGUUUCAGGUCUGAUUUAAAACUCUAAUAAUAAUUUAUGUUUAGUUGCAGUGUAGUUGCUUGCAGACCUAUACAAAACAUGCUGCAAACUUUUACUUUUUAGCUUUUCUUCACUUCUUGUUUACGUUUAACACCUCAGUAAGUUCAUAACUUGCAGUUAGCACAGCCUCAUCAGAUAUAAUUCAAAUUCAUAUCUUUUUACUUUUGCCCUGUGAUAAAUUUGUUUUAAGUUGUUUGGUAGCAUUUUUGCUAGUUUUGCUGCUAAAUAAUGUGAAAGAUGCAUUUCAAGUACCAACUCAAUGUAUUGCACAAUUCAUGAUGAUUCUCUAGCAGAAAUUUUUAAAGAGAUAUUUAGAUCUUUUAUUUUACACACUCAGAAAAUUUCUUCUGAUCACAGAAUUCUUCCAUUGUUAUGUUUAGCUGUAAAACUGCUGCAUUAAUUUGUGGCACUUCAAUGCAAUAAUGUACAGAAAGUAAAUAAUUUUAGAAAAAAAACAUAAUUUUAGGCUUUACUGAACGUGUUGCAAUACCAUUUGCCUUGAAAAUAAAGGCUAACGAGAUAUGCAGUGCAUAAAGCAAAAUGUUGGUGUUUCUAUUUUUUGGUACUUGGAGGAAACUUGCAAUUAUGAGAAGUAUCAAUUAACUGUUUGCAAAAUGUCUAUGGCUUAAUGCAUGUCAAAAUGAAACUUCCUCUGUGCCAUUUGAGAUCAAAUUAUUUUCCCUAUAAACCUGUUCUUUGGAAAAUUAUUCCAUAAUUGUUCUCCUAAUUUUAGUAAUAUUUACCAUCAUAAAUACAUCCACUCUUCGUUUAAAUAAGAAAUAUUAAUAAUUAAAUAAUCACAGCCUAUGGAAGUUAUUUAACUGACACUGUAAAUGGAUCUGGCUAACCUUCCCUUAAUUUUGAUAUUUUGUUCCCUUAGUAAUAAUAUGUGCAGAAGGACUGAAUUUUAAUUAUAGUAAUAUAGUUCAUAAAUGUGAAGAUUAAGCAUUACAUUUUAGCUUCCCAAAGCUCCAUUCUUCCAAGUGUAAAAGACAUUAAUAGUUAGCAAAGGCUUGCCUGGUCAGUAAUAGUGAGUUUUCCCAAGAACGUUAAUAAUACGAUAAUAGCAUUUGAGUUAGGGAUGUACUGGUUUUACAAUCGCAACGGUGGGAAUAAAUGGAGAUUCACUGAAUUUUUUUAAAUGAUUUGUUGAGAUGUAUUUUUACAAUUCCUUCAAGUUUCUUUGUUACAAUAUUGUCUAAGUUCUUCUUUCUCCAUGCCCCCUUUUCAAAACAAAAAGCUAAAAGGGUUCAACAAAUCUUCAGACUUCAGAACUAUGCAGAAUUCUAAAUAGCUAGGUAAUAUAGCAUAUGUACUUCAACCAGACUGUCCCAAACUUCAUCAGCCAGUGUACCCCAAGAGAAUAUCAGGGUAAUCUUCAUAUAUUUUGUCUAAACAGCUUUAAAAAAGCUGUGUAUCAAGUAAUAGAAGGAAAGAUUAUAGAGUCAGUAACAUUUAUCAGCUGCAUUUAUCAGAAACAGACAUGUUAUCCGUUAAGGAUGCACACCUUGCUCUAAACUCAAACUCACAAUCACCUUAUUAUUAUUGAUCUUCUCUGCUUUCCUUCUUUCCCUCCGGCCAUAGUAUCCCAGUGAUUUCACAUUUAGAUUCAAGACUUAUGGGUUUGCUGCAUCUUACCUCAACAGUUUCUUUUAUCUCUGCAACACAUGGACUCUUAACUUUCUGACACUAGCUUACUCAUGGUUCACUGUUUUGUCCAUUGACCAUCAAUGGGUACUCCUUCAGGCUCCUGCUCACUGAUACUCCCUCAUCAGCUUGCUCUGAUUUGCUUCCUCAGUCUGUUCUCAAAUGAUUUCUUGCCUGGAGUUUUUUCUGGAUUGUGGUGGAUUUCUCAAUUCAAUUUCCCUUAUUGGAACAUAGCCAAUUUACAAGAUUAUGGAAUUUUAAAUACAAAUUGCGUUCAGCAAAACUCAAGUUUCCGUGUUCAUUUUUUUAUUGGUUUUGAAAACGUUAUUCAGUAGCAACCUCUGCCAAUAAAACUGCUGAACCCUUCUGUGUGAAUGAAUCACAUUUGAGAAUUUUUGCAAAUUGCACUUUUUUCCAGACUGUUUUAAAGGACGGCUUGUGUUUUCCGCUAUCCUAUAUGGUGGGCAUGCAGUAUCAGUUGG